CAGAUCGGAAGUUUGAAAAACUACUUCCUGUUCGAACAUCAGCAUGUCCACAAGAGAUCACUAUCAUCGAGCGACCAACACCACUCCCUUCUGCAACAAGAAAAACAGGUGGCGUGGGUGCAGCAGCAGCACGAAAAGCGUCGCCGGAAGCGAGACUACACGGAGGCGCGCUUCGGCGGCGGCUUCGCUGAUCUGCCGUCGUUCCUGGGCGCCCGCUCGCAAGCGCAGGCGCAGGCGCAGACGCAGCACCGCCAGCACUACCGCGGCAUCGGCGUGCAGAGCCUCUUCCCGGACCCCCUCUACAAGGAGCAGUGGUACCUGAAUGGUGGUGCUAAGGACGGCUUCGAUAUGAACGUGGCUCCGGCGUGGCAGAAGGGCUACACCGGCAAAGGGGUCGUCGUUUCCAUCCUCGAUGACGGGAUCCAAACCAACCACCCUGAUCUCGCCCUCAACUACGACCCGCACGCCAGCACGGACAUCAACGACAACGACGACGACCCGAUGCCGCGCGACAACGGCGACAACAAGCACGGCACGCGGUGCGCGGGAGAGGUGGCGGCCGUCGCCUACAACAGCUACUGCGGCGUCGGCGUCGCCUACAACGCCAGCAUCGGCGGUGUACGUAUGUUGGAUGGAACGGUGAAUGACGCAGUGGAGGCUCGGGCUUUGGGUUUGAACCCUGACCAUGUGGAUGUGUACAGUGCCUCAUGGGGUCCAGAGGAUGAUGGCAAGACAGUGGACGGCCCGGGACCACUUGCUAGGAGGGCUUUCAUCUAUGGUGUGACCAGUGGACGGAAAGGAAAAGGCUCAAUUUUCGUUUGGGCCUCUGGAAAUGGAGGAAGACACACUGAUUCCUGCAACUGUGAUGGUUAUACGAACUCAAUAUUCACUCUCUCCAUCUCUAGCGCAACACAAGGAGGGUACAAGCCAUGGUAUUUAGAGGAGUGUUCUUCAACAUUAGCCACUACCUACAGUUCUGGUACACCUGGUCAUGACAAGAGUGUUGCAACUGUUGACAUGGAUGGUAAACUAAGGCCAGAUCAUAUAUGCACUGUGGAACACACAGGUACAUCAGCCUCUGCACCACUGGCAGCUGGCAUUGCAGCUUUAGCACUGGAGGCUAAUCCUGACCUUACAUGGAGAGACAUGCAGUACCUUGUAGUGUUAUCAUCACGAUCAGGGCCAUUAGAAAAGGAAUCGGGCUGGAUAAUUAAUGGAGUGAAACGGAAAGUGAGUCACAAGUUUGGGUAUGGGUUGAUGGAUGCAGCUGCCAUGGUUAGCUUUGCAGAGCAGUGGACUAAUGUUCCUCCACAGCACAUCUGCAAAUCACAUGAGAUAAAUGAAGAGCGGCCGAUUGAUCCAGCACCAGGUUCAACCCUGCAAGUGCAAAUGGACGUGGAUGGUUGCAGUAAGACACUAAAUGAGGUUCGUUUCCUGGAACAUGUGCAGUGCAAAGUGUCUCUCCGUUUCUUCCCUCGUGGUAACCUGCGUAUUCUUCUUACUUCACCAAUGGGAACUACAUCUACACUACUCUUUGAACGUCCAAGAGAUGUUGUCAGUUCCAAUUUUGAUGACUGGCCAUUCCUUAGUGUCCAUUUCUGGGGGGAAAAGGCAGAUGGCCGCUGGACUCUUGAAAUUAUUAAUGGUGGAAAUCGGCGAGUCAACCAACCAGGCAUCUUGAAGAAGUGGCAGUUGAUUUUCUAUGGUACAGCAACAAAUCCCAUCCGCUUACGACAAAGUUUACGACUGGGUAGUGCACCUGGUAUUCCAGUUUCUCAGGCUACUGCGUCACAAAACUCCUACAUCUUCCCAGACUCUCAACCAACCGGGUCUCCUGCUGAUGACUACUUCAAUGGCUUCAAUCCAGGCUUUCAAAAUUUUCCCAACAUCUACAGUGUAUCAGGAAGCAACCCAGAAGCAUCAGUAGCUCCACUUGAAGGUGAUGAGAUUCCAGAUAAUGCAGUGCAAGUAACAUAUGAAAAAGAUAGUAGCAGCAUUGCAGGUAGUUUGAAGGUGUUGCAUACGUGUGAUCCAGAGUGUGACUCACAAGGCUGUUACGGAAAGGGACCUACACAGUGCAUUGCAUGCAAACAUUAUAAACUGGACAACACCUGUGUUAGUCGUUGCCCACCUCGCAGUUUUCCUAGUCAGGGUGGUAUCUGUUGGCCAUGUCAUGAAUCCUGUGAAACAUGUGCCGGUGCUGGCCAAGACAGCUGCCUUACAUGUGCACCUGCUCAUUUAAGAGUCACUGACCUUGCAAUUUGUCUACAGCAGUGCCCUGAGGGAUAUUAUGAAAAUGCUGAACAAAACACAUGUGUACCAUGUGAACCAAAUUGUGGUAGUUGUCAGGAUCGGCCAGAUCAUUGCACAAGUUGUGACCACCACCUGGUGCUAUACAAAAACAAAUGCUAUGCUGCCUGUCCUAUUUAUACAUAUGAAAUGGAAGAUUACACAUGUGCACCAUGUCAUGCAUCAUGUGAAACAUGUAAUGGGUCGAGUGAAACACAGUGCUUGACCUGCCAACCUGGCAGAUUUGAGCUGGCUGGAACAUGCCUAGCCAGUUGUCCUGAUGGAUACUAUGCUGACAAGAAACGACGUGAAUGUGUUCGCUGUGCAUUUGGCUGUGCCAGCUGCAGUGGUAAUGUUUGCUUGGCGUGCAAGGAAGGCUGGACACUCAACCGCAAAGGCAGAUGUGUUCCUGAAGGAAACGUUCAUUGCACUAGAUCUGAAUACUACACAUCUGGGCUGUGUGCACGGUGUCACGAAAACUGUGAUACCUGUUCAGGACCUGGAGCAGAUCGCUGCCUCUCCUGCAUAUCCCCACUGCUGCUGCAAGGUGCCUCCUGUGUGGUACAGUGUGAGGAAGGAAGGUACCCUGAGAGAGGAAUUUGCAUGCCUUGCCUGCACACGUGUACAGCCUGCGAGUCACGUACCAACUGCACCUCUUGUCGAGCAGGACUCCACCUACAGAGUGGAGAAUGCAGGGCAGCUUGUGCUGAUGGGUAUUACAGUGACAGGGGUAUCUGUGCUAAGUGUUACCUCAGCUGCAUGACUUGUAGUGGUCCUCGCCGUGAUCAGUGUGUGACAUGCCCAGCUGGGUGGCAGCUAGCAGCUGGAGAGUGCCAUCCAGAAUGUCCAGAAGGCUUCUUCAAAUCAGACUUUGGUUGUGAGAAGUGUCACCAUUAUUGUAGGACUUGCAAAGGUGAAGGACCACUACAGUGUACCUCAUGCCCUGCACAUGCCAUGCUGGAUGGUGGAUUGUGUGUGCAGUGCGUUGGUACUCAGUUUUAGUGACUGCCAGAAUGCAUCACCUGCUGGGAAAAGAAGAACAGCUGCUUCUCGUGCUGAGCCUGUGGACAUCAGUACAGAACAAGAAGGGACCUCGGCGCAUCUGCCAACUCCCUUUACAGCUGUAACAAUACUUGCUGUUCUAGGCUGCAUAUCUGUCGUUGUUCUGUUUGCUAUUAUCUUUACUGUGCUGCAGAUAAAAUCACAAACAUGGAAUGGUCUGAAUAGAUGCAGCAGUGGAUAUGAGAAACUUUCAAAACGGAAGUGCAAAGUUGGUGUAAACAAGGUAUCUGUUGUUCCUGAAGAUGGUGAUUUUACAGAGGAUGAUGAUGAGGAAGUACAGCUAUUCACUAAAACGUAGUACUGAAUUUCUGCUACUUCUAAGCAACUCGGGCGUCAAAUUCCUAAAUAAUAGGGGAGACUGUGAAUAUGUUAAAAGUCGAGCGGUUACCUCCUUUCAGGAGGGGGUAAAUUACUGGGUGUAUUAUUGCCUCUUUUAGCUGCAGAAACCAUUCUCCCCUUUAUUUUAGAUUGUCACAACUGAUAGGAAGUGUUGGCUGACUCGGUAACUUCAAUUUGGUCCCUGGAGUGAUUAAAUGUCUUUGGACGUCAUCAUUUACCUUCCUCAUAGUACUGCCUGAUGAUGCUAAUUCUUAUUUUAUGGAUUGUGACUUUAAUUAUACCAAAAUGACUUCCUGGUAUUUUAGCAUAAAAUUUUAUUUGAAAGAAGCUGUUUUGUAAGUGGAAGAUGUGAAGGUGCCCUACAUACUCAAAAGUAAAUCCGAUGUGUAAAAACAGGAGACACAAAAAUUUGAAAGUGUGUUAAGUGCCUAUAAAUGCAUGUAUCAUCCUCAAGGAUAAGUGUAGAUCUUAGGAAUAAUAAUUAAGCAGAAUAUGCCAAAAUUUUUUUAAACAGUUACGUGGGAUCAGACGAGCUGCUGCUCUUCCUAGCUAUGUUUAUAAUGGCAGCAAUUAGAACUCCAGGACUGGUCACUGUGAAGUUGUGUUUCUCAUGGAGCAACUGUACUGUACUGGAACAUCAUUGGCCAUAGAAGAAUCUCUUUUGCAUGGGCAGUUUCCAUAACCCAAUAAUAUUUUUAUUUUUAUAUUUUGCUAUCAUUUAUUUCUUUAAAACCUUACUCAAGAUAGCUUUAAAACAGUGUGUUAUUGUAGCUUACUGUUAUCAAAACAUAGAUGUGCAAAAAUAUAUUUUUAUUCUUGUGAUUGUAGUUUGUACAUUGAAAGCAGGAAUUCAUUUUUAUAAAAAGUCCAAAUUAUGAAAUAAAUGGAAAUAUAUUACAUUUACCUUGCAGUUUGAAAUGUGUCUAUUAAUCCUUUGUUGUCAUAAAUAAGCGUUCCAGUGGAAUAAAAAGUUUUAAUUUAUCUGUUGUCUGUCUAAAAGUUUUAUAGUUCCAAACUUUAAAUUAGUAGUGUGUGACUAAGGUGAGAAAAGUAUCCCUAGUGCUAAGAAAAAAGAAAACGUGAAACAUGGAAAUGAGUGAGUAGUUGUGAUAUUUGUGUGUUUGUCUAUGGAAGAAAUCAGAUAUUGAGUGUAAGUGUUAAUACCAAGUGUGAUCGUUUGCUUUUAUCAUUGAUACAGACUGCUGGUGGUACUUUAAAUUAUUGUCUCAUGAGAUGUUUCAUAACAAUGGUGUGAUAUGAGCUAUUGAUGGAAAAAUUGAAAUAAAUCAUUUAUUCAUCAUGGCUGUUAGGUAGUAAGAUAAUGAAGCAGUUUACCAGCUGGCAAAUUGGCUUUCCUAAGCAUGUACCUUGCAGUGCAGGUAAUAUAGUUACAUCAUAAAUGUGUUGAUCUUUAUGUCAAGGCGUGUUUUAAAUAACAAAACAUAAAUCAUAGGACUUUAUGUACCAUAGCCUUGACAUAUAAUAAAAUUUAAUAAAUUAUAUUGAUAUUUUUAUUAAUAAAAUGAUUUUUGAAUAUAAUGAAAAUAAAAUGAUAUAAUAUGUAGUUUUAAUUUUUUCUGUAAUUUUCUGUGUUACUUUGUUUCAUCUUGAUACUAGUAUAGCUUCCAGAACAUUCACAGAUUGAAUUAAAGAGUACAAGUAAUGUAAAUUACUGUGUACAUAAAUGUAAAAAAGUGUUUGUACAUGAGUGAGAUAAAAGGCUUAAAUAUUUAUAUACAUAUAUAUAUAUUUGUAUUAUGUGAAAAAUACUGUAACAUAUCAUUAUGUGGUUUAGGGUUCCAGUGAAUGUAUGAUGCACACAAUGGAAACAGAGUAUGAGAUGAAGAAUUGAAAUAAAUUGAAGCUUUAAAACAUGUAUUUUAUGUGGAUGCAUGAGUUGCUUGUAAUUUUGUUUAAGAAGAAUCUAAUUUUAUUCUUUCACAUGCACCACAAUCCACCAGACAUUCCAUAAUUGUUACAUUAUAAAAGUCACUCUGUAGGUAUAAGGAAAUUACUCUUAACCAUUAUGUCAGUAAUUUUUUUUGUUCUGUUGUGUGCUAAAUAUAUUUUUGUCAACCUUCAA